AGGCAGAAAAAGAGAAAGAAAAGAAGGCAAGCUAGCUAAUAAACCAAGCCAAUGUUCUGUGGCACAGGGAGCUUCUCACACAUAGAAGAUCAAGAUGAUCAAGUGGGUGGUAUAUCAUCAUCUCCAAAGGAUUCCAAGAAGAAGCAUGCAAACCACAACCCCUACUCCAACAGAGGCUUAGACAAGUUCUCAGCAGUACUAGCAGAGCUUGAUGCCCGGAAAGACAAGAUCAUGGCUAAUGCUAAGGAUGUCUCCAUGGUCAGGUUCGUGUAUAACAACUCCCAUGAUUGGGUUCCUAUCAUCAUCAAGCUCAGUAAAAACAACCCUUCUUCUUUAUCAAAACAACAAGCUCAGCAUCAUAAUCAGAAUCAGAAUCAGAAAGAAUGCACAAGUCCAGUGAUGUCAGAGACACUGCUGCUACCUCCUCCUUCAGAGGAGAAGGAGAAGAAGGAGGCUAUGGUUUUGAAUAAGAAGAAGAGCUUUGUUUGGACGAGGAGGAGAUGGGUUAGUAGUUAUUAUUAUUGGUAUAUGAUGAUGGCGUUGAUUUUGGUGUGUUUGUUCUUGUUUGGAAGGGUGUUUGCUAUUUGUUGCACUUCCAUUUGGUGGUAUUUGGUUCCUACUUUGCAAGCCAAGAAGUCUGUUAAGAAGAAGGAUUAUGCAAGGAAAUUGAGUGAUAUUAGGAAGAUCAAGAACCAUAAUGAGGUCCAUUAAUCAAUCCUCUUCUUCUUCUUCUUCUUCUUCUUGCUUGCUUGCUUUUUUUUUUAUCAUCACCUGUAACUUUGGGUUGAUGUUUAAUGAAGUUAAUUAAUUAUG